ACAGUCGAGAGAUUAGGCAGUCACGCUUCGGGAUACUUCGGACUGCGCCGUGUGGGUCCGCGUGACGCGUCGUAUCGCCACCGGGUAUAUAGAGAGGGGUCGCGCACAGGCGGGGUUUGCUCCAGUCCCUCCGCGACCGUUCUGUGAGCGUGCGCGCACGCGUGCGAACCCAAUCGACUAGAGCUGCCGUUCCGUCCGCGCGUCGAAGUCUCCGUCGCACCAUGCGGUGUUUGGCGCUGCUGCUGCCAUUCCUCUGCGUCGCCGCGGCGCAGAGGCCCGAGCUGAACGAGUUCAAAGAGGUGUACAUGUGGAACCAGUUCGACUUUAAGUGGCCGGACGAGUCGGUGAGGCUGCGCGCGCUGUCGGACGCGCGCUUCCAGCCCGUCAACUGCGCGCUGUCUGGCAUCCGCGCGUGGCGCGACCGGCUGUACGUGACGGUGCCGCGGCUGCUGCCGGGCGUGCCGGCCACGCUCGCCUCGCUGCCGGCCGCCGCGCCGCCGGCCGCCUACUCGCCGCUGCUCGACCCCUUCCCGUCCUGGGACAUGCAGGCCGUCGGCAACUGCACCGCGCUGCAGUACGUGCAGAGCGUCGAGAUCGACGCCGCCGGCAGGAUGUGGGUGCCCGACUCGGGCCGCGUCAACACGCAGUCGGGCAACGCGGACGCGCGCUGCCCGCCCAAGCUGCUCGUCAUUGACGUGGAGAGCGGGCGCGUGCAGCGCACCGUCCAGUUCGAGCCCGGCCUGCUCGCCCCGGACUCGCUGCUUGCCGACGUCGUGGUCGGCGACGACGACGUGGCGUACGUGAGCGACGCGAGCCCGAGCGACCCGGGCAUCGUGGUGGUGAGCGCGCGCGACAGCCGCGCCUGGAAGGUGCGCGACCGCACCAUGCGCGCCGACAGCACCUUCGUGCAGGUGGGCCAGCGCCGCACCGAGCUGCGCCACAACGUGUUCGCGCUGGCGCUGUCGCCGCGGCCGCGCGCCGGUCCCCGUCGCCUCUUCUACUCGCCGCUCAGCAGCUACGACCUGUUCUCGCUGCCCGCGGACGCGCUGGCCGCUCCCGGCGUCGCCGUCUCGGCGCUCGUCAGGAACCACGGCCGCAUGCAGUCGCCGGUGCAGGCGGCGGCGGCCGACUGGCACGGCAACCUCUACCUGGGCUACCUGCAGCAGGACGCCGUCGCGCGCUGGGACAGUUCGCAGCCGCUGGCGCAGGCCCGCCUGCUCACGCAGGACCCGGAGCGCCUGCAGUGGAUCUCGUCGCUGGCCGUAGACGCCGACCGCAACCUCUGGGUCGUCAGCAACCGGCUGCAGAACUUCAUGGCCGGCACCGUCAACCAGCAGACGCCCAACUACCGCGUCAUCCGCGCCUUCGUCGACGCAAAGUCGUACCUGUACAGCGACGACGCGUGGACGCCGCAGCAGGGCAGCGCCUUCACCGUGCCCGGAGCAGCCGCCACCACCCGCAGCAGCACCAGUAGCUUCGUCACCACCACUACAGUGCCGCCGCACGCAGACGGCGGGGCUUCCGCUCCGGCCGUCACGGUGCUACUCUACUCGUUACUGCUGUUACCGAUGCUAGUCGUUCUAGCCUGAGGUGCUCAGUAAUAACUGUGAAGUAAAAAUCACUUAGUCGCGCCGCACGACGCUCGCUACAAGCGAGAACACACUUAGAGUGUGGCACUCGACCAACAUUUUCAAAAUUCGCUGUACUUCUUUCGUGGUAACCGUAGUCUCUGUUCUUCGCAAAACUGAGACAGUGAAAUAAAUGGAAAACUUAAUAAACGAGCCCCCUCUACUGCCAAUGGACACUUUGAAGCACAGAUCCACGUAAAGGCUUCAUCGAGUUGUCAAAGGACCUUCAUUUCUAUGCCAGCACACUAGAAAAGCGAAUCUACAAAUUUUUCCAAUUUCUGAGUUAAACAACAUCACACUGAAGUAACUCCAUAUCAUCGUUGACAACUGUCUGUGAUCGUACAAUAGUGUAAACAACUUGUAGGAUAAGGAAAUAUUUUUUAAACCUUUGCCUACAAAAUGCAUCGGUACAAUUCUUCUUUCAAAAUUUUGGGCACAUGACAGAUGUGAGUUGUGUAUUUUAUGGCAUAUUAUUUCGUUAUUUUCUUCAGAAAAUUCUGCAGAUGGUCUGAGAGAUGUUCUAUGUAUUUGGAUCCGAUGUCGGAUACAUUACGACAGAUAUCAGCCAUAAUCGAGCUUCUGGUUUUUUCACGACACAAGAAGCUCCUUCCAUAAGAGACUUAACCCCUGGUGAUGGAGCUGUGCCUUGAAAUGCACAUUGGCGUAGUAAAAACGCCGUUGAUAACCCUGUAGACGGACUUUAGUACCAAGUUUUCCAUUUGUAAAAGAAGACAGGCAUUUAGCUAGCAGUGACAUGUCUGUGCUGGCCACUUUUAUAUUCUACAGCGACACUUUGAGUGUGUAUAAUUUCACCGUCAAAUUGUUUAAAGAUAACAAAACCACUUUACAUUGUCAGAAGACUGGCUGUGAGGUGGAUCUGUGGAAGGAAGGAGGCUGAAUCUGUCAGUAUGUGGAAAGUGAGAGUUCACCAGCAAAAGGCAGUCAUCUGGCACGGAAUCUGUUAUCACUUGGACAGAAAAAUACCACAAAAUUAAUACAGAACAGACUUAUUUCCUCCUCUUCCACGUUAUGCUGUUCAGUAACAGAAAUACUUGACAAUUAUCUUGAAUGUAACAUCAUCAGCAUAAGAAUUAAAAUGGGUUUUGGUAUUCCCAAUAGUAUUACAGGGCAGCAUUGUCUGCUGUAUCAUUCCACCCAUUCAGCUGCCUCUUUAGUUUCAGUGCACACGUGUGUGUGUGUGUGUGUGUGUGUGUGUGUGUGUGUGUGUGUGUGUGUGUGUGUGUGUGUGUGUGUGUGUGCGCGCGCGCACGCGCGCGCACUUGGGGGCAGAUGGAUUUUUGUAGUCGGCUAACCAACAAAAUCUCACAUGAUUCCCUCAGCUAAUGAUUGAUGUCACGUCCUACAAAGGAGCUAUAAGCUUAACCAAAAUUCAUGUAGGAUAGGGAAAUAUUUUUUAAACCUUUGCCUGCAAAAUGCAUUGGUACAAUUCUUCUUUCAAAAUUUGGGGCACAUGACAGAUGUGAGUUGUGUAUUUUAUGGCAUAUUAUUUCGUUAUUUUCUUCAGAAAAUUCUGCAGAUGGUCUGAGAGAUGUUCUAUGUAUUUGGAAGCUAUCAGCUACUUGUGUUAUCUGUAAAAAUACUGUGUCCACUUUGUAAAUAUGUAUUUGUGUAUGUACUGAUCCAUUGAGCAAGUAAUAAUAUAGAAUUCAUAAGAACUGUGAUCCAAAUGAUAAAUGACUGGAUGUUGUGUGGUGUGGGAGUCCUUGUUAAAUGAAACUGUUUACUGUUCAUGAAAUCUGUUCCACUUUCAACAAAGGGAGGCAGGCUAUAUGACAUCAGAGCUAGAAAAUCAGUCUGAACACAUCUUCUAGUUAAGCAUAUAACUUCAGAUUCUCAGCUAAAACUCCUAUUUACAGCUUCGGUUUUGCACUCAGUUUAAUAGCAGUUUUAUCUUUUCAUUUGAGCGGUAAAAUAUUUGUCAUAGAUUGUGUUCUAUAACUGUAAUAUUAUAAAAUCUCUGACAAAUGAGGUAGCUAUAUAUUCAUAACUGCUAAGGUUUGUAUGAAAUAAACUGCAUUACUCAUUAGUGACACACAACUUUGUGAAAUCAUUGAGCACACAUCCAGAAAUUUAAUGUUACCUAAAACUAACUCUAAACACUGUGUGUAUGUAUGUGAAACUGUUUAUAAUGUACACUUUGACCUCGUGAUAAUGGCUAUAAUAAAAUUUAUCUUCACAAUUAUUUGUUUCCAUUGUGUAAUUUACUUAACAUAGUUUUGGUUUUGCUUUCAGAGAACACAUUUACAAUAUUUUCAAAUGUGCGAGAGUCGCUUUCAUCCACAGCAAAUUAUAAUCUUUGGUUGUGUGGCAUUCACAUCAUGCUUAUGUCAUAGAUAUUUAUCAUUCUUUCAGUGUGCAGUUCCAUUUCUGAACUCAAUCUCCAAAUAGUGCUAAAUUGGCAAAAUUCUGGCCUUUUUUGUCUCGUGUAUUAUAAUAGCACAUUCUGUUUAUACUUUCGAGAGAGAGAAGAGGGAAUCAACCUUUACCUUGAACCAGAAAAUUUGCUAACCGUGCUGAGUGGUAAAAUACUCUCAUAAGGCUGGGAUAUAGUUCUCAACAUCUAUGAAGCAUUAUCAAAUUCUUGGUGAAGUGUUAUUCUAGCUCUAAAUGUGUGACUGUGAUAUAUCUUAAUGUGUCAGGUAUAUUGCAUAUAUGAUUUAAUCAAAUAUUACUGGAAAAAUUUAAUUAAAAUGUUUCUAUCAACCAGUCAUGAAGAAAUCACCUACUCUGUUUCUGCCAGAGAAAACAUUACAUUCAAUAGUUGCAAACUAUUAAAAGUAUCACUUUAGAUUCAGCAAGUCAAUUUAGAUUUCUUGAGAUAUGCAACAACCAAUUCCAUAAGGAGAAUAAAGAAUUAUUUCCUUUUCUUUUUUAUAUGAAGUGUGUCACAUUUCAGUGGUUUCUUCAUUUCUUCUCCUGGCAGUGUUUCAUUAAAUUGAACCAAACAAAUUAUACAACAAAAAUCAAAAUAAACACAUGUAAACACAAAGUGAUCUGUCAUAUGCAAAAGAAUAGGGAAGCACUGAUUUUGGUUGUCUAUGCAUCAUACCAAAGAAUAGAAAUAGUAUUCAUCAUCUUCUUCAGUCAAAUGGCUCCGACUCAAAUGAGUUCAUUACAAAGAUGGAUAAUUCCAUUUUUCAUUAAGUUUAGAUGUUAACUGAUUCCAGUAGUACUUUUCAAGUCAAAUCUAAUCAUAAACUUCUCAAGUUUCAAAAAUGGACAAAAUUUGGGCAUCUCCAUUAUAUUUCAGCUUCAUAUCAGGCCAACUUCAGCAGCAGCCAAUAAAAUGACAGGAUCACCUUUCUGGCAUUCCCAUACUGCUACGCAUAUCCAGUUUGGCGGAACUGCUUAUGUUGUAAGAUUUUGUAUUUUCAGUUGUAUCUUACAUUACAAUUUAACAUAAUAAAGUGCAAUUACAGAAGGGAA